AUGGUCCGGUCCCGGGCGCAGCUGGCCCUGUCCACGCGGCUGAUGAACGUCGGCCUCGCUGCGCUCUGCCGGGGCGGCUGGCUCGACCGCGCGGAGUCCGUCCUCGUCGACGCCAUCCGCCUCGGCCUGCCCCCGGAUGUCGUCGCCUACAACACCCUCCUCGCCGCGCACUGCCGGGUCGCCGGACUCGACGCGGGGCUAGCCGUCGUGCACCGGAUGCGGGAGGCCGGGGUGAGGCCCGACGCCGUCACCUACAACUCCCUCAUCACGGUCGCCGACCGCAGCGGGCUCACCGUGCGCGCCCUCGACCUGUUCGACGAAAUGCUGAGGUCGGGGGUCGCCCCCGAUUCGUGGAGCUACAAUGCCCUCAUGCACUGUCUGUUCCGGUCCGGCCACCCGGAGCAUGCCUACCGGGUGUUUGCCGAUAUGGCCGAGAAGGGCGUGGCGCCAUGUGCCACGACGUACAACACGCUUCUGGACGGGCUGUUCAAGGCCGGCCAUGCGACAAAUGCUUACAGGAUGUUCAGGUACCUCGAGAGGGCGGGGCUUCCCGUGGGCAUUGUGACUUACAAUACAAUAAUCAACGGGCUAUGCAAGUCAGGCAAGGUGGGCUAUGCCCGCAUGGUACUUAAGGAGCUGGGGAGGACCGAGCAUGCCCCUAACGCUGUCACAUACACAACAGUUAUGAAGUGCUGCUUUAGGUAUGGCAGGUUUGAGCAAGGAUUGGAGACAUUCUUGUCGCUGCUUGAAGGAGGGUACAUUUCAGAUGCCUUCCCAUACACGACAGUGAUCAGUGCGCUUGUCAAAAAGGGCCGGAUGCAAGAAGCCAAUACCUAUUGUGAGCUCAUGAUACAAAGUGGUUCCACAUUUGACAAUGCAUGCUACAACACUCUGAUUCACCUGCGAUGCCAAGAAGGGAAGCUGGAUGACGCGUUUGAGCUGUUGAACAUGAUGGAAGAAGGUGGUCUGGAGAGCGAUGAGUACACAUUCUCAAUUUUGGUCAAUGGUCUCUGCAAGAUGGGCCAAAUCGAGGCUGCCGAGAAACAGGUAUGGUCCAUGGAGAUGAUGGGAAUGCAAUCAAAUGUGGUUGCAUAUAAUUGCUUUAUUGAUGCGCUAUGCAAAUCUCAUGAGGUUGAUGCAGCCAUCAAAGUACUGCACAGCAUGAAGCUAAAAGAUAAUUUUACUUACACAUCACUAGUCCAUGGUCUAUGUAAGGUGGGUAGAUACCAUAUGGCAUCCAAGUUCUUGCGGAUCUGCUUACAUGAAGGCAACAAUGUUCUUGCAUCUGCAAAGCGUGCUGUCAUUUCUGGGCUUCGUAGUGCAGGGUUUAAAAAUGAUUUGAGGAAAGUCCGAUCAGCAUUGUAUAUUGCUAGGCUGUUGCGGUCUUAA